AAGAUAUAGUUUGAGAAUAAAAAAAUCGCAUUAUAAUUCCAACAAUGGCGAAGAAAGUGUGCAUUUUAUUACUGACAUUAAGUGUUUUCUGCCAAAGUGGAUUCGCAUCUAACAAUGGCGAAUGUAUAAUCAACGGCAUCUCAGAAGACGACUACGACUCCUACAUUAUAGAGCUGAACACCACACAGGUUGACACUACAAUAAAAACCUUUGAAUUUUCAGGCAACUUAACUGUCGUAUCUGUUGGAAAUGAGAACUUUUCGGCGAAAACUAAUAAGAACGUCCUAUCAAUAUCAACGACUCAAGCAUUCGAGGAUUACGACUCAUCAACCACGACAUCAAGACAAAUCGUCGUCUUCAAGUUCCAGUGUGAUGCCUCCAAACCUCUUACAAAUUGGUACAUUAAGUUUGUCAUCACGAGGGUGCAAAGCAAAGCACCGGUUUUCCGGGAGACAAGCUACGAGUACAAAGUCCCAAUGCCUCUUUAUCCCAACUUAGAUUUAAGUCUCUUUGGACCCGAUAAUGCUGUAGCUGUAACAUCCACCAGCAGCCACGUAGCUUUCUUGGUGAAUCCCAGCGAUUUUGAAGUGGAGACGGUGAAAAGUGGAGGCGAAUUUAGGGCCGUAAUGAAGUCUAGCAAACCCUUAAGACUUAACCAGGAUACAGAAUAUACUAUAACUGCUAUUAAUGACGUCCAAAAUGGUUUGAACUCCACAGUUAAAAUGUUGAUAAAGAUUGAUGCAAUUGCCAGCUUGCCUGUGACACCUAAGCUAUCUAAUCCCACUUUUGUUUAUACAUAUUCUGUUGUUAACAAUUUGCCAGUAUUAACCAACGAAAUUGGUGGUGAAAUAUCAUUUUCUGAUGUUGGUGAUGAUGUAACGAUUACUUUGGAAGGCGAUUUUAAUUACAAAUUUAACGUAGCCGUAAAUGAAACCAGUCAAACUGCUACUAUUGGAUUUGUGAACAAUCAACCUCUUCCAGAUGAUCUAACUACAAAGUCUGCUUUGGUUUAUCAAUUGGUUGUAACAGCUGACGAAAAAGCAGUCUCUACCGUUGUCAUAUACUUACCUAAAUCUUGUUAAAUUGUUUAUUUAACAAGAUUUAGGUGUAUCCAAAAUAUUAUUUAAAAAUAUAAAUGG